GUUUCCCAUUACCGUCUUCUAUUUUAGUUUUACGGCAUAAAUACGGUGGCCUUUAUCGGUUGCAGUUAGCCUUUUGUCCGUCUAAUCAAGGUGCAUCGGUGUAUCAUUACGUGACAGUUACACUAUCAACUGUGUUGUAACCUAACUACAGAACAACGAUGGGAUCGCCACUUCGAUGGGGAAUUGCUAGCGCUGGCAAGAUCUCGCACGAUUUCGUGAAUGCUGUCGGAACGCUGCCAGCGGCGGACCAUCAGGUAGUAGCUGUAGCUGCCCGAAAGCUGCUGGAUGCUGAAAAAUUUGCCACUCUCCAUGGUAUUGAACGGGCAUACGAAGGCUAUCAGGCGUUGGCGAAAGAUCCAAACGUAGAUGUCGUUUACAUUGGGGCAGUUAAUAACGCACACUACGAGCUCGGAGUGCUGAUGUUACAGCACGGCAAGCAUGUGCUGUGCGAAAAACCGCUCUGUCUGAACGAAGGCCAAUCGAAGCGGCUCGUCAAGCUGGCAAGUGAACGGAAUCUCUUCCUCAUGGAAGCUAUCUGGUCCCGAUUUUUCCCGUUUUAUCGUCAGCUACGCGAGCGCAUUGACCGUGGGGAGCUGGGAGAAAUUCGCGAGGUGGAGGUAGAGUUUGGGUUCGUACUGUCCGAUGUCGAUCGCUUGCGGCUCAAGAGUCUCGGUGGAGGCACCGUGCUGGAUCUGGGAGUAUACACGAUACAGGUGUGUCUGUGGGCGUUCGGUGGAAAAGCACCGGAAAAAGUGGUGUCGUCUGGUGUGACCAACGACGAGGGCGUUGAUUUGGAGGUAACGGCUGAGCUGCAUUUUCCCGGCGGAGGUAUUGGGCGUAUGAAAACGAGCGCUCUGCGGGAGCUAAAGAAUACCGCCGUAGUUCGUGGCAGUAAAGGCAGUGUAACGCUACACGGCUUCUGGUGUCCACAGUUACUCACCGAUGUUGACGGCAAGGAACUAGUAGACACGCUUCCCAACGCUCGGCAUCCGUUCAAUUUUACUAACAGUUGUGGUUUACGGUACGAGGCAGAGGAAGUGCGCCAGUGCAUUGUAGCUGGCCGAUUGCAAUCGGCGUCUGUAUCACAUGUGGACAGUUUGCUAAUUGCCCGCAUCCAGGACCAAAUUCGAAAGCAGGUUGGCGUAGUUUUCGCGGAAGAUGAGCAGUUUGCUGUUUAAAAUUCGUUAUCAUCUUCCGUAAACACAUUUAAGCUGCUGCUUCAUUUCAGUUGGGUUUUAGUUGGGGUGUAUUAUUACUUUCAUAUAAUGGUGAACAGUCGUUUGGAGAUUAUCGGAUUAAAUCAAACUUAUGACAAUCAUACUGGAUAUCAUUAACAAGUUACUGAUAGUCUGUUCAACAUUCUAUCAGAAAAAAAGAAAAGGAAAAAUAUGAUAAAAAAGGAAGGAUUAUUAUUUUACUAAAUACAAGUUUGCUUGGUAAUAACCAUUAAAUAAAUAUUCAACUACAACAUAAA